UAUUUACUUAUUGUUUAUAUUUUGUGUAUUUGUGUAUUGAGAACGAAUACAAAAUAAUUCUUAAUUUCAUAAUUAAAAGCAUCAUGUGAUACAAGUGACAGAGCUUAAGAUGCUGAAUCGGACGUUGUGCGAUUUUAUGAUAGUAAUAGCAUAAAUUUUAUAUAUUUUUUCUUAUAUGACCAAAUAGUACAAAAUAUCGAACUUACCCACUUUUGAAGCUUUUAUUUAUUUGAAAUUGUACCUCACACUCAGAAAGUAAAUGAACACAUGUUUUACCAAAUCGACGCCAUUCUCUAUAAUACAUUUUCCCGAUAGCUUUAUCGAGCAGUGGACGUAGUUUUAUAGGCGAAAACAAUGCCAGAGGUUCUCAUAAAGCAUCGAUAUCUUGUAGGUUGUGAUUUUUCGUGGGUAGCAUAGGAUAAGAGGGCUGGGGAACGGUGAUGUGUGAAGAUAAGGAGGAGGGUCGGAGCGAGGCGGCGGCGGCGGCAAGUCCACAACGCUUGUGUUGGUCCCGACGUCCGCCGGCGCCGUUGCCUGACACAAGAGGACUAUGCUGCGCCAAGCUACUUCGAAAGAAUGGGAAGCCGAAGAAGGUAUUACUGUUUCCGGAAGAAGGUUGGGCUCGGAGCGCAUCUUCCUCAUACUGGACCCUUCAACCGUGUUGGUGGCGGCGGUCUCGGUGUAAAGUUGUCGAGGUAGCUGGAACUAGAAGGCAUAGCACGCACGCUCGGAUGGUGAUCAGUGGUGGAAAUGCUGUGUACAUCGUAGGCACGUUCAAACACCUUGGUACCGAUGCCGAUUUUAAGUUAUACCUAACAACAAAUGUGACACAAGCCGACUUCAACAUGGGUUACACCAUGACUGGAACAUUGGAACGAGGUAGCAGGUCAACCAAUAUCUUCCAAAUGACACACUUCGCCGUACUCCGCCGCUGUGAUCACGACACGCACCACCUCAAGACUUCCUAGUUGCAUUAACUAGAGUAGCAUAUUAUGUUAAAUACUUCUACUAGUAACCAUUAGUAUAUGCUUUUCUACAGGUCUUAUUAAUAAUUUGUAUGACAGAAUGUUGAAUCUAAUUAGGUGCUGAAUAAACGUACAUAUGAAUUUCGAAUAUUAUUAAAAAAGUAAGAUGUUUUGUAAUAAGUUGGAUUCAUGUGCCGGUAGUGCAACAAAAUGACAUUAGUAUCAGCCGAGUAUCUAUCCCAGUUGAAUUAGUAGUAAAGUAUUGGCUUCAAAAAUUCUUCAUAUAAGUGGUAGGAAGUACGAUUGAUCUCAUAGAAAUUGCUAGUCUACUUCGAGUAUAAGUUUAGUUUUUAAGGGUAUAUUGCCAAGCGAUAUUGUGAUCUCAGACAUCUGAAAAUUUGCCAUAAGGUUUUUACGAACAGUCUCUUUAUUAAUAGUAUUAUCUAUAAACAGAAGCUGUAGGAUAAUCUUGUAAAUAAUUUCGGUAAUAUGUACAGCGCUUCAUGGCCGUGUAGUGGCAAACCUAGAAAUAUUAUUUUUUAUAUAUUUAUCAUACUUUGACAUCAUUGCCGUACCGUCUAACAACUAGGCAGUAUCUUACCUAAGUAGAUUUUAAGUAUUUAUUU